AGGUAUACAAAUGUGGACACAAACUGUGUGACUGCAUUUCCUGAAAUUGUGUAUUGUGUGUUCCAGCACGUGACUGUAUGAGAUACCUGUUAACCACAGGAUUAUUACAGGAAUAAAAUCACCUCAGGCAAAUGGAAAUAACUGAGUUCAUCCAGUAAAUGAUCAGGCAUCUCAUCAGGCCAUCAGUCAGAAAUGGUGAAUAAAAAUUUGUUAUUAAAAUGAUGUUCAGUAAAGGGGGUUAGGGUAUAUACAUGAGAUUGGGUUAAUAGACAGGCUCAAUCUGGAGUGACACAAGGACUCGCUGUUACAUCUUACCCUCAUCUGGGCUUGGUGAUAAACAUUACAGGUAUGUGACGGAUGAUCAGUUCAGGAUUUGGUUUGGCAGUGAACUGAGAGGAAUGGUACACGAGGAGGACCAGGUGGAGAUGGACUCCACAGAAAUGUGGUACAUCAUGACUAGAAAGCAGCAGCUCCAGAGUCGGCAUACUCUCCUGCUGGAGCUGCAGGGGUUCCUGAAAAACAACAACUUAAGAGAAGGAAGUUUUAUGCGGAAAGAGGACAAAGAACUGUCUGAGCUGGAGCAAAUAGAACAAGAGUUACAGGCCCUGUCCGAGAGAGAGACGGAGCUGAGAAACGAAAAGAAACAGCAAUCCACCAUCACAGAAAUUACAGAGGAGUCGUCUGCCACUGUCCAGAAGCCAUCAGAUGAAGAGCUGAGCCCCACUACACCUGAACCAGAGGUGGUCAAGGUGGUCGACCUGUCAUUUUCUCCAGCUACGGUGCAGUGUCCCACCUGCCAGCAGCACGUUACCACGGAGAUUCAAUAUAAAGUGGGAAAAACAUCCUUCCUCCUCUGCUAUCUAUCCAUACUGAUGGGCUGUGUAGGAGGAUGCUGCCUGUUGCCCUUCUUUCUGAACUACUUUAAAGACACCUGCCACUUUUGUCCCUCCUGUCACACGGAAAUCAACAUCGUCCCUCGGAUCUAAAGCGUCCACUGCGAUUACAGCUGUCCCCAAAAAGUACUGGCCUAUAAGGAAGAGAUAUGGUUUUAGGAUGCGGGACGUCGAACAACCGUGGACUGAAAAUCUCACUGAAGCUUAUUUUACUGUACCGAUUUACCCUUCGUUGCAUAUUUGAACAUGACAGAAUAUUACAUUUCCAAACAUCAAGAAAAUAUUAACAUUCAUAUUAUAGAUCGGUAUUAUUGAUCAAUUUGGAUAUAAAUUCAGGCACUCACACAUUUACAUUGGGAAGAUACAAGAAUAAAAAUAUAUUUUACUCGCAUAUUAAUUUUGUGGUAACUAGACACUGUUAUUAGAUUCGUACCUUUAGUAACGUAAUGUUACUAAAAAAAAAAAAAAAAAAAGGUUCUUCUCACUUCCUUUAAGAACAGAAAGUUUGCUUAUAUCUAGUGUAAUAUCCGUGAAUGCAUUUUAAGGCCGGUUUAGUGUACUCACCCAAAUUCUGUACAGGAUAUACAGACUACGGGAAAGGCAAAUAAGAUGGCAAAUGAGCUGGUUAAUCAGUGGUCAGGACACAACAAUAUAUUGUGUAUGUAGCCUUCAGUCAGUGUAAAUAUGACCACACAUCCAGAACAUAUAGGAUUAGACCUAACUCGACCAAAUCCCUUGUGAACACUGCAGAAUAUUAACAUGUUGAAACAUAUCCGAAACACGUUCCGUUUCAUAUAUGUUUGUUCUAAGCUGUAAAUAGAUCUCUGUUGUAAAAACAAACAAACAAAAAAUAAAUAAACCCCACAGAAACGCUUUUUGUACUUCAUUCCUCUGGUAUAUUUAAGAGAUUCUGAAACAUUCUCUACAACAGUAUGUUCACAAUACAGCAAAGUGAAUUGACACAUAACAGCGUAUGUAUACUCGUAUCUUUUAAAACUAUUCACAAAAUAGAGCUUAUGGAUGCACUAAACAUGUAUAAAAAUAUGUAUUACAUCCAUUCCAAUAUGUACACAAUGUGCAAAACGUAUGGCAUACAAAUGAUGAGUGCUCCUCCGUUUGGAGGAUGUAGAGAAGUGGUAGUCAUCAGGUUUAUCACCCAGUAUUGUCACCACUGAUACUUUACACAUUAACAAUGUCGAUAAAAAGUAUUACGUUUUGAAAAUAAAGUCCAGCAGUAGAAAAUGGGACCAGCCGAAUGGUCAGGUAAAACAAGUAACAAUUGCGCAAAAAUAGAAAGCGGUGAAAAAUGGGUUGGCUCCACAAGACCACUGGAUUUAAAAAAAAAAAUAAAAAGAAAAAAAAGAAAAAGAAGAGGAGAAAUUGGGAGUUUGCACUUGUCUGCUGAAAAAGUAUAGAGGGGAAAAAAGAAAAAAAAAAAAAGAAAAGAAAGAAUGAAGUGCUGCUCAGCCAGCUGCCUAGUUCAUGUGCUCAGUCACGGAGGCUAAACUUUAUUGUCCGCGCUGAGCUUUAGUAUCCUCAAACAGACUAAGCAUUAACGCAGACAGUAACUUAAGACCAAUGCAAUGUGCUGAGAUUUACCACAUUCUGCAUGCAUUACAGUAUCAAAUUAAAGAUGAUGAAGUUAUUGCUUUGCUCUUCUUAUGUCAAAGUUGAAUUGCCUGGAACGCUAUAGCCUCUUCAAGUUUUGUGCCGACACGAUUUCAAAGCAAACGUUAACCUACUUUACAGUUUGAGUCGACUCAUUAAAUACAAUUCCCCAAACAAUUCAUAAACCACUUACAUUAAAUGGCAUUAUGCAUGAUUUAUUUGG